ACCACUACCUGCCAGUCGUCAUUUAGCUUCGUUCGAGUGCGAACCCAUUCGCCCCGCGUCGUCGUCGGUUGGUCUGGUCGCCCCGUGGAUUGGAUUGGAAGAACGACAUGUCCUGGGAUAAUCUACCGUUCGAGCUCUACGAGCGCAUCUUCAAGAACCUCGAUUUCUGGGACCGGAAACCGCUGUCCCUGGUGUGCCGCCGCUGGAAUCAGGCGGUCUUUUCCCGUCCGCUAUGUCGCAAUUUGUGCAUCGAGGUCAGUAGGGGAGACUGGGGCCCGAGCGGUGACAAGGAGCAGGUGGUAGUGGUGGACGAGGGGGUUGUGGAGGCUAGCGAGCGCGAUUAUCGAGUGGCCUAUGUGAAGUGGUGCAAGGAUUCCAGCCCGGAGGUGCUGACGUCGAUCAAUCGGAUGCUGAGAGAGCUGGACGAAAAGUGCUUGCUGGAGGGGUUGAUCAUUGACGCACCCCUCGGUCAAAUGCUGUCCGAUUUCUUUCGGACGCAUGGAGAGCUGUUGGCGCGCAUUCGGAAGCUGCAAGUGUCCACCGAUACGAUGGACAGUAGAUUGAUAGCAGACCGAUGUGUGCUGAAGAUGGAUCAGUUAGAGACACUGUUCUGGAGAGAACUUGUGUCUAGCGAUUAUCUGCAGAAUAAGAGGCCGUUGUUUGUGAUAGAAGCACCUAAGCUUCACUCUGCAGUGGUGCGAUUUGGCGACUCGGACUCCGAUCGUGGAGUUACUUGGCACAAUGGCUUCAUGGAGUUGGCGCAGACUUCAAGCUUGAAAGCAUUGAAAAUGCAUCUACAUCCGAGAAUGUGGAACCGCUUCUUCGAGCAAAAACUGGAUGCUAUGGAACAUCUCACCAUUUCCCAUAAGGCGCAGGAUCUACAGACCCGUGACUGGGACUGUAUGUUCUCCAAUAUGCCAAACUUGAAAUCGAUUCAAAUGUGGGAAGCCGAUGAUGCCAUGUUGGAAGCAAUCCAUCGCCAUUGUCUUCAACUGCGCGUCCUACUGCUGGACAAUGUGGAUCUGACUCGGGGAUUCCUAUCGGUGGACAGAGUAUUUCCACGGCUUGAACAUCUCCGAUUUGAAACGGCAAAGAUUCAAUCCAAUAGGACUCUCUACUUACCAAUCCUGAAGCAUCUCGAAUGGUUUAACAUCAAGAAUCAAAAUGAUCACAUCCUCAACGUGGCCGCCCCCAUGCUGCAAACUCUACGUCAGUCCCGGAACGGAGAUUCCGACUUCAACCUAACCACCAAGUCCCCACUGGAAAAACUACAACUCGACGUCUACGCAUCGGACAUUCCAGGACACUUCUUCCAACCAUUCCCGACCAUGCGAGAUCUGAGCAUUCGCGUCAGCUCGGCUCGGCCGGAUCUGGACCGAAUGGUCCAGCACUUCCGUAACAUCAACGAGCUGGUUCUGAUUGCGUACAACGCUCCGCUACAGUGCGAUCAGAUGCUGAACGAAAUGUUCAAACACUGCAACAACGUUACCGCGAUUACGCUGUGUGGGUUCAAUCCAAACUUGGAACUAUCGUUCCCGGUGUUUGCGCAGAUAUUCCGUAAUCGAAAUCUGAAGUCACUGAAAAUGUUCGGAUUGACCAUCACGGGCAAUUCGUGCCCCGUGCAGCUGCCACCGGAGCUGGAAACUUUCGAGCUGCGCCACGUCAAGGUGAUGGACGUUGCAUUCGGUGCGUACGUCUUUCCUCCCGACCAGCCGCACCGAGUGGUUUGCAUCAAAAGCGACGACUGUUGCAGCUACUCUUCCAAGGAUUGUGAUUGAAGGUCAGCGUGAUUGCCAACGUCAUGUGCGCUACCUACGACAACAACAUCAACAGACUGUAUUUGCUAUGAGCAUGUGGUAUUUAUUUCUAAAUCGCAAUAAUUACGAUUUAUUUUUAUUUAAAACUAAAAUAUACCUACACGGACGGCUGUGAAAAGUCACCUAGCAAACAUACACCAAAACAAAACUACCCGAGCGAAACCGCGGGCAGGCGAACGACGCAAUUCGUGUGUUGAAACGAAGCAAUGACCGUACUGGUACCGGUGACGACCACCAGAGGGAAAGAUGGGUGCUGCUAAAAGCUUGUUGCACCUUACUCUCUCUCAAGUUUACUUACAAACUAGCGCAUAGCACAUGUGUUUGUAAACCAGAAACUUAAAUGUGUGGAAUAAACACUUAAUGCAAAUCAAGAAA